AUGGAAACUAAAAGAGAAAAAAAAAGCACCAUAAAAAUAUCCCUCAAUAUAAGUGGAAAUAAAAAGGAAGGGGAUAAUUUUGGAGAAUGCGAGACUAGUGAAAAUUGUGACUUGAGAGUGAAGUCCAAAUCGAAGGAGGCUUCCCAGGCCCUAGGCCUUAUCGAGGAUAUCAGAAAUGGCACAUUCAACUACAAAGAUUUGGAGGAAAUUUAUUUUAUGAAUGACACAGAUUUGGAAAAAAUGAUUAAUGACUCGAGGAGGGUAGAAGAGAUGCAGGAGAAGAGUGUAAAUUAUGAAAAGGAUGAAAAUGUGGAGAAUGACGUGUAUGAUAAUUUGUUUAAGCUAACGUGUAGGAAAGGAGAGGAAGAAGGACGGGAGAUUAUGCCUGAAGAGAUGAACUACAGCGAGAGGAGCAUCUCAAACGAUAAUAACCAGGUGAAUCGAGCUAAUAGAAAUUUAUUUGUUAUGAAUAAUAAAGUAGGUAAAGUGUGCAUUAUUAGAUUUCCACCUGAAGUUUCAAAAGAAAUAAAAAAAAAUUUAAUAAAAGAAAAUUUGGAAUUAGAAAUCGAACCAACAAAUUUAUUAAAUUCAAGACUUUUUCUUAUACAUUUUAAAAAUAUAAAUAAAAAAUAUUACGGAAUUUUACUGGAGUUAUCAACACAUAUAGAAAUACACAAAACGUUGGAUCGACAUAAUUUGUACAAGACAAACGAUGUUUCACAGAUGAUUUAUGUAUAUGACCCAAAUGAAAAGAAAAAAAAAAAAAAAAAAAAAUGUAAGAAAAUGUUAAAAAAUUUUAUAAAAAAUAAUUUCCAGUUAAAUUGUGGUAUUAGUAAUAAAGUGCAUAAUUUUCACUUUCAAAACCAUGCAAAACUGUUUAAAUAUCAUGAUAUAUAUUUUGCUGAAAAUUUUAUCUAUGAAUAUUUAAACGCAAAAUAUUAUGAUUACUACGAUAUGUAUGUAAAAACAUACGCAGAAAUGCACAAUCACCUUCGAAUUGGGCAAGACACUCAUAAAAGGCAAAAUGAAAUUGUUGAUGAAACAACUGAUAUUUCAGAAAUUAUAAAUUCUCUUGAUAAUACUUAUAUAAUUAUGAAGGAGAUGGAAGACAAAACGGAGGGCGGUAUUUCGCUUGAAACGAUGCUGAACUAUGAAAUACCCAGAGAGGACUAUGAAUCUGAUGUGUCCGACUUGUUGAUAGGGGGAAGGCAUUAUUUGCGCAAGAGAUCUUAA